UCUCAUCUGUCAUAAUUAUCGCACACAUUGAAAACUUAUCCUAAAUUUAACCUAAAAAUAAUAUUUUAAGUAUCAAUAGUGAAGUGAUCUCGAACAUUUAGCCGACGAUCCGUACUUAAAACGUUAAAAUAUUAAUUGUAGAACAUAUUAAUAUCAAAUUUACAUCAAUAACUUCAAGAUUGGCGAUAUACCUAAAGUGGACCAGACCCGCUUUAACCUUUAACUAUCUUUACCCGACCCCUUUACCUGAGUCUCGCAUCGCAUUAAUGCCCGAUGCAAUGCAAUGGCUGAAAGUUUAAGAAAUAAACAUCAGAUUAAUAGUCGACGGCCCAAAAACAUAAAAGAGACAAAAGAAAAUCAAACAUUUUGUAAACGCCGUCUUGAAAAACCAGAAGUUGGUAAAAACAUAAUAUAUGUGAGCAAUACAACAAGUAAUAAGGUAGCACUUGAAGAACAAUGUUUAAAAUUGGUCAGAAAUGACGAGAAAAAUAUCAUUAUUUAUUGUUUAGGAGCUGCAGUACAGAGGGGAAUAUUGUUAGCUCUCCAGAUUUCUGAAAAAUUUAUCUCCUAUGAACUUGAUGCCAAAACUUUUUCAACUGUUUUAAUAGAUGAUUUAGAACCAACAGUUGAUAAUGCUGAUUAUGAAAUUCAGCGAAGAUAUAAUUCAGCUUUAAGAAUUCAAGUUUUUAAAAGGGAUUUACUACAAGCAUAAAGCAAUUAUUAAUAAAGCAUUCGUUUAGAAAAGAAAAA